AUGACGUCAUCGUCGUCAACAAGACGUAGUUUGAGUCUCGGCUCCAUGUUCUGGCACUCGGCUGAGCGGCACAAAAACCGGAAGUUGAUGAAAUCUGCUUCAUCCAAUCAGAUCACAGCAGCACUGAAUGCCGAUGUGUUGUGGGGAAUGGGUUUUACAGGGAAAGGAGUUAAGAUCGCCAUCUUCGACACGGGCCUUUCAGAAAGUCACCCACACUUCAAACCAGGGCGCAUAAUAGAGAGAACUGAUUGGACGAAUGAAGAGACCCUGGAGGAUAAUUUGGGGCACGGAACUUUUGUGGCCGGGGUUAUCGCCAGUUCAGCUGAGUGCCUGGGGUUUGCACCCGAUGCCGACGUACAUGUAUUCAAAGUUUUCACUAAUAAGCAGGUCUCGUACACAUCGUGGUUCCUGGACGCAUUCAACUAUGCCAUCGUGAAGAAGAUGAACGUCCUCAACUUGAGCAUUGGCGGUCCUGAUUUCAUGGACCACCCGUUCGUCAACAAGGUGUGGGAGCUGACGGCCAACAACGUCAUCAUGAUCUCCGCCAUAGGCAACGACGGGCCACUCUACGGCACCCUGAACAACCCAGCCGACCAGAUGGACGUCAUAGGUGUCGGCGGCAUAGACGCGAGUGAAAGUGUCGCCAAGUUUUCGUCGAGAGGCAUGACGACCUGGGAGCUGCCCUCGGGGUACGGUCGGGUGAAGCCUGACAUCGUUACGCACGGAUACAACGUCAAGGGUUCAGCGCGUAAUAGUGGAUGUCGGACUCUUUCGGGGACCAGUGUGGCCUCCCCUGUGGUCGCUGGGGCCGUAACUUUGUUGCUGAGUACCGUCCAAGAGGAGAGGUGGAAGGAUGUGGUGAGCCCUGCCAGUGUUAAACAGGGCGCGGGGAAGUUAGAUCUUCUGGGGGCCUUCAAACAACUGCAAACGUACGAACCAGUGGCCAGUUUUUACCCCAGUUCAAUCGACCUCACCGACUGCCCGUACAUGUGGCCCUACUGUUCUCAGCCCCUGUACUUUGGCGGCGUUCCUACCAUCUUCAAUGUUACAAUCAUCAACGGAUUGGGAGUGUCGGGAACGGUGCUCAAGGAGAGGAUAUUUUGGCAGCCAUUCGUCUCAGAGAAUGGGCACAGGAUCGACGUUUCCGUCCAAGUUUCGCCUGCCAUCUGGCCAUGGUUUGGUUACAUGGCCCUUUACGUGAGCGUGUCAAGGGAGGGUGAGGGCUGGGAAGGCGUGGCCAACGGUCAGAUAACUUUGACCGUGGAAUCGCCAUCCAAUGCAGGCGAGGAACCGAAGACUUCUACCAUUGUACUGCCUAUCAGGGUCAAAAUAGUACCGACUCCGCCGAGAAACCGACGGAUACUGUGGGAUCAGUACCACAAUCUACGCUACCCACCCGGUUACUUCCCUCGCGAUAACUUGCGCAUGAAUACCGAUCCGUUGGAUUGGAACGGCGAUCACAUCCACACCAAUUUCCGAGAGAUGUACCAUCACUUACGGUUAAACGGAUAUUUCGUUGAGGUACUCGGUACUCCUUACAGCUGCUUCGAUCCCUAUCAGUACGGUACUUUAUUGAUCGUCGAUCCGGAAGAGGAGUAUUUCAAUCGGGACAUCGCUAAACUGAAGCGAGAUGUCGAAGAAUCCGGUCUGUCGAUCAUCGUAUUUGCCGAUUGGUACAACGUCACCGUCAUGAAAAAGGUUAAAUUUUACGACGAAAAUACUCGACAGUGGUGGACACCGGAUACCGGCGGUUCAAAUAUACCGGCUCUGAACGAGUUACUCGCGAAUUGGGACAUACAACUCGGAGAUCGAGUUUACGAGGGUGAUUUUGAGAUAGGGCGGCACAAAAUGUACUAUGCCUCAGGUACCAGCAUCGUUCGUUUUCCUAGCAAUGGUCACUUAGUGGUUCAGAGACUCAAGGAUCAAGGCAAGGAAUUGAAUACCGGAGUGACCGUGGAAGUCCCUGAUGUUCCCAUUUUAGGGAUGUACCAGGUUGAAAGGAGUACGGAUAGGGAGUUGGAAAUUAAGGAUGAUCAUCGUCCGGAUGUUGCUGUUGCCAAUGCUGGUAGUGACGAUGUUGUUGUUCAUGUAGCUGACGAUAAUGUUGUUGCUGUUGGUGGUGGUGGUGGCGGUGAGGUUGUGGUCGACGCUGACGUGAAUGCAAGCGAUGGUGUCGCCCAGAUGAAAAGUAAAAGUAUGGCAGGGGAUGGAACCAACAACAACAACAACAACAACGUUGAUGAUAAUACCAAUAAUGACAACAACAACAACAACGUAGAUGUUAACAUUAAUGAUAUCAACGCUGACGCCAUGGUGAAAGACAACUCAAAAGGCAACAACAAUUAUUACGGCGAGAAGGACAAGCCCGACUUUGAUGCCAGCGAUCUAGCAGCUGUAGCAGCAGCAGAACAAGCAGACGCAGCUGAUCAAGCAGCAGCAAAGGUCAAGGACGAACCGCGUGACCUUCACAGACAGGCAAACUUGAAGCUGCUACAAGCCAGAUUGUUCGAGAGAGAUAACGAUGAGAAGGAAGAGGAAGUGGGAGAGGAGGACGGAGAUGGAGAGGUGGAUGAGAUGAACGGAGAGGACGUUUUGAACGUUCCCAAAGAUAACAACAGCAAAAACAACAAAAACAACAACAAAAACAACAACAAAAAUAAUAAUAAUAAUAAUAAUAAUGUCCACCAUAGUAAGAACAGUAAAAUGAAAAGGGACGCGCCAGUAAAGCAUCCACUCAAAGUUUCUAAACCCGGUCGAAUUGUUGUCUAUGGUGAUUCUAAUUGCCUGGAUAGCAGUCACAUGCAAAAAGACUGCUAUUGGCUGCUGGACGCUUUACUAGAAUACUCAAUGCUUGGAACGCUGGUUCCGGUUCUAAAAAAUUCAAAGUCACUUUCGAAGUUGGAUGACGUGGCUGGCUGGGAAUUGCCCCAAAGAUUGGAAGGCAGCCAUAUGUACAAAUAUUCCAAAAUCCUGAACGGUCGACACGGAAAUGGGAAAGCCUAUUCUGCCGCCAAGGCGCGGGAAAUCCCCGCCUGCCCACACCAAAGAAUGGACUAUAACUACAAUGAUGUUAGUGACGAUAAUACCGAUAGUAUUAAUUCCAAACGAUCCAUGAUCUUUGAUAACGUCUCAGACAAUGUGACGUCACACAGUUUUUGGUCUUCCGGUAUUUCCUUUUUGGGCAUAAUGCUUGUGGUCGCCAUCUUUUAUUCCAAAUUCGGCCAUCUUUGUUUUAGGAAAAAGAAAAAAAUAAUUCGCUACCAUGGACAGCAUCAACAGCAAAGAAAAUUUAAUUUUGGGGCUAAUUUUGUUUCUUUGAUGACGUCAUAG